AUGGCUCCGAAAAGAAAAAAACCCGCAACCAAGAAAGCCAAAAACAUCCAAGAAGUUGAUUCUGGUAGUCAACCCCCAACAAAGAGAAAACGCGGCGGUAAAAAAAUUGAUCCUGACGCCAUGGACAUUGAUGAUCCUGGUACUGCUGACAGCCAGAUGACUGUACCAACAAGGUCUAUGCGCACACGAAAAGCGCUCCCAACUGCACCUCGGGACCCUCUUCCUGCUCGGGAUGGUCGCAACUCCCAUCCCGGGCUGAUUGUUGCUCCACGCUCAAAGCGGACUUCUGGACAGGUCGCUGCCGAGAAGGUAGCUAAAGACAACGCCUGGUUAGCUGCAGAAGCUACCCAUGCUGCAAAUAUGACUCAACUAAGCGAAAUGUUUGCGGCUGAGGAGACUGGCCGGGAGAUGGAAGAGAAUUUGAUUCCAACGCAAAAGCCUAGAGAGAAUGAACCAAGUGGUCUGGAUAUAGAGGCAGAGAGCGAAGAUGAGGAGCCUUCUAAAGUGAAAACGGGCCGCAAGAAAAAACCUGUUAAGGGAGAAACUCGGGCUCUGGUGGAGGGGGUGGAGAAGGCACUUGAGAUUGAAAGACUGGAGAGUAGGCUUGAAGCCCUCCGAAGAGGGGAAACAAAAGCUACAAUAGACAAUGUAGUUGAGGCGAAGAAAAAACCUUCAUGUGUUGCACCUCCCACCGGUCUCUUGCCUUCAUUCAAACCCAGAUUGUCGACAGCACCACCUAAAGAGUUAAAGAGGCAAACUAGUAAAACUAGUUCUAGGACCUCUGUACUAAGCAAGACCUCACAAGAAGAUGGCGGGUUGCAAGAAAUCGAUAUCCAGGAUUUGCGGCCACAUAGCAAGAGUCAAGUAGCCACUGGAAGUUUAGUGGAGAAUGUGGAGGAUGGCGGCGAUCAGUUUCUUGCCUUGUGCGAGGAGCACGACCUCUCUGGUAUAGAUAGUCCGGACUCUUCCGAUGAUGAAAGCGACCACCUCCCAACUCAACUUCAGUUCUCGAAUGUAUCUGCUACAGUAGUCAAGACACCCGUUUCCUCAGCCACGGUUCACAAGGCACCAAAAGGCAAGACUGCGAGCUCAAGGACACCAAUGUCAAUACCCAGCACGCCCAACGUCUCAGACGAGCCACUGUCGCUUCCUACAUGGGCAGUGAGGAAAUGGCGUGUCGAAUUCUUGCAAACAUUAUACUCCCGAUGGAUGGCCGAUGAUAAUCCUUUCGCAAACUUCAGAAAAGGGGAUACGAAGUUGACAGAGAUAAUUCAAGAGGUGGUUGAUGCCGUAUACAUCGAUGAAGAAUAUACAGUCGAUGGAUCCAAAGACGACGCCAUCUAUCAUAUUGCCUAUGACCGUGUCCGUGAAAAAAUAUCCGGUAUAGGGCGAUACACGCUCACCCUUGUCAAGCAACAUUUCGAACAGCAAUAUUACAAAAACAAACCAACUCGAAUCAGGAAGUAUGCUAAGUGGGCUAUGAAACCAAACGGCCCUGGAAUUUGUGAAGAGCCCGCACCCCAGCCCCUUUCUUCAUUGUCAAGCUCGGAUCCACUGUAUCAGAAAGCACGCGGCAUCUGUCUAUCGCCAUUCAUGGUUGAUACCAUGAAGGAGUUCAUACGGCAUGGGGCAGGAUCUGUCGAGUAUCAUGGAAACUUUAUCGGUUUGGUUGCACUAUCAGCAGCAGCAGUAACCCGGGCAUUCAGAAUGUACUCAAUCGACGGCAUAUUCACGAAGUCGGCAGGUUCUGACUUCGCCGAGGUUUAUUGGAAUGACGUCGUACUCUCGUUCAUUGCCAGCGCAAAGACCUUUUCCGGAAACCAAUGGCAGCGUAUCAGAGACAAACUUGGUGUCGCCGAGGGGGAAUCUGAUCUCGGCCAUCCCAUCCAACCCAAAGUUGAGGUUUCGUUCUACGACACUGUUGCUGAGCUUUACACCCCGAGCAGUCCAUGAAAUCUGGUACUGUUUUACUGUUCACCUGCCCGUUCAUCCGACUCCUCUCCUACAAUACAUGCAAUCCGAAUUUCUAGUAUCUCAUUUCCCCCACCUGCACUCGUUCAAUCCACCUCGUUCCUCACGAUCCUUUCCGUAGUCUAUGCAUCAGCAUCCUAAUUAUCAUUUGCUUCCCCAUUCUUUUAUUUAUAAUAUCGCUGACUAUAUUCAUAUCUAUUAUCUACCAUACAAAGAAAUCUAAUGUUUUACUGUAAAGAUGGA